ACUCUUCUUCUUGUAAUCAUUUUGGUGCCAUCUCUUUCCAGUAAAUUCAGCAGAGGGAACUGUGCCACAUGCCAGAUAGGAACUCGGGCAAUCCCUUCUGCUCUUGCAUCAUUUGCUCUCAGUAUAAAGCGGCGGGAUCUGUGCGCAUGUCCCACUCGCUUUUUGUGUCGUCCCUCAUCUUCCAUUGGCUCCCGGUGAGCUCUGCGCGCAGCCCACUCACAGCACCAGCCUUCAAGCACAGUGCGUGCAGACGUCGGUGUGGAGCCAUCCCACGCUGCCUACCAGUGACCGGACUCAGCUCUCCCACGCUGCUCCGAGAACAGAGAAAGACACGAUGGAGAAAAUGAGCGAGAUCAACGGACACGCGUUGCCCAAGUCGGACUCCACCGACAAGAUGAUGGAGAAGAGCGCGCAGAAGAGCUUCUUGGAGAAGGUGGCGGCGUGCCUGAGGAAGAACCUGCUCGUGAUCAUGACUGUGUCCGGCGUGCUGGUGGGCGUCGGGCUCGGCAUGAUGGUCCGCAACAUGAACCUGACCAAAGCGCAGAUGACCUACUUCGCCUUCCCCGGGGAGAUGCUCCUCCGGAUGCUGAAGAUGAUCAUCCUGCCGCUGGUCGUCUGCAGCCUCAUCUCCGGCGCCGCCAGCCUGGACACGCGCUCCCUGGGCAAACUGGGUGGCAUCGCGGUCGGCUACUUUCUGGUGACCACGCUGAUCGCCUCGAGCAUCGGGGUGGCCCUGGCGUUCAUCAUCAAACCCGGCGUGGGCGCGGGGGGGCUGAACACCAACAAACUGGGACUGGAGAGCAUCACCACCGACAAGGAGACCGCCGACUCGUUUCUGGAUCUGGCCAGGAAUUUAUUCCCAUCAAACCUGGUGGCUGCUGCUUUCCGCUCCUAUGCCACCGACUACAAGAUGGUUGCUGUGGGGAACGACACCAAUGGGACCACCCUCUAUCAAAAGGUUCCUAUUGGUACAGAAAUAGAUGGCAUGAACAUCUUGGGUCUGGUUUUAUUUGCUAUGGUGUUUGGUGUGGCUCUGAAAAAGCUGGGAGAGGAGGGGGAGGAACUAAUUCGCUUCUUCAAUGCUUUCAAUGAGGCUACCAUGGUACUGGUGUCCUGGAUCAUGUGGUAUAUCCCUUUUGGCAUCAUGUUCCUGGUGGGCAGUAAGAUUGUUGAGAUGGAAGAUGUGGUUCUUCUGGUGACCAGUCUGGGAAAAUACAUUUUUGCUUCGAUCCUGGGCCACAUCAUCCAUGGAGGCAUCGUCCUGCCUCUCAUCUACUUCGGCUUCACACGCAAGAACCCCUUCAGUUUCUUGUCAGGCCUCAUCACACCCUUCACCACGGCCUUUGCCACCUGCUCCAGUUCAGCAACUCUUCCCUCUAUGAUAAAGUGUGUUGAGGAGAAUAAUGGUGUGGACAAACGAAUCAGCCGUUUCAUCCUUCCCAUUGGAGCCACAGUUAACAUGGAUGGGGCAGCCAUUUUCCAGUGCAUUGCUGCCGUCUUCAUUGCUCAGCUCAAUAAUGCUGAACUGAACGCUGGACAGAUCUUCACCAUCCUGGUGACAGCCACAGCCUCCAGUGUCGGCGCAGCAGGCAUCCCAGCUGGAGGCAUCAUCACCAUCGCCAUCAUCCUGGAGGCCAUCGGCUUGCCAACCAAUGACCUGUCCCUCAUGCUGGCUGUCGACUGGAUAGUUGACCGUACCACCACUGUGGUGAACGUGGAGGGUGAUGCUCUGGGCGCUGGAAUCCUCCACCACAUCAACCAAAUGGAGAUGAAGAAGAAGCAGCAGCAGCAGCAGCAGCAGGAUGAGGAGCUGGCAGAAGUCAGGGUGGAGGGAGUGGCCAACGCCCAGGCAGAGGAGGAGACCUCGCCACUAGUAAUGCACCAAAUCAAAGGCUUAGAGGGAACACCAGAAGCUAUCGAAUCUGUCCUGUGAACUCAGCAAGACCUUUUAACAAUUCUGACAUUGCUGCUGAGGGGAUACAUUUCUCACUUGGUGUCCAAUGAAAAAAACAAGGUCACUAACGGUUUCAAUUGUGAAGGAAAAAAGUGCCAUAGUAGCAGCACUGACAGUCCACAGUGUACUUGCUGCUGCUGUUUUAGAAUUUGGCCACUUGGACUAACGUCUCAAUAGUUGGUUUCCCAAGAAGUGUUUUAAUGUAAAUUGGGACAUAAUGGAUAAGAAAUCAUUAACAUUCAAAACAUUUCCUCAGUAUUGCAAAAACAUUAAUUUAAUUUUCACUAAAAGCUGAUUUUUUGUACUUUUUAAUCUUUAUUAAAGCAUUUUGUGAUAAACAGUACUGGAAACACUGUAAAAUAUCUUUAAACCAUUCCCAGAGAUGUCAUAGUUCUGUCUCUGUGUUUAAUGCACAAUCGGAGAUGCUCAUAGCCAUAAUUUUGUAUGUCAGAGCAUUAUCUAGUGCAUUUCUUUGUUUAAAAUACAGUGACCAAGUAUAGAAAACUAACUAUUUGGCUAAAUCCAACUAGUUAAAAUGUUUGUGAGUGUCUGUCAUAGCUACAAGUUCAGGAAACCUUUUUAGUCAAUUAACUCGACUGGUCAAAAACAAAUUCUCUCUUUCAAUUGAAGUCAGAAUGAAAAAGUCACAAUCCAGAGAGAUUUUUACAGGAUACUCACAGUCUUUUUCUUGCUGACCAUCAGUUGACAAUGUCAAACAUUAACCCUUCAAAUGAAAAGUUAAGAAUUUGGCCUAUUGUUUGACAAUUUGCCUCAUGCAACAUGUUGAGUCCCUAGUGACCAGACUGGCUCAGUAUGGUAAGAUAAAGGCUGGACCAAUUUCGAGUAAACAGACUCAGAGUAAGUCACUGGAAAAAUCCCUGUCUAGUCUGUUUAUCCCAAAUAAACAGAAUGUUGCGUUAUUUGCAUGGUUCUCUAAUCGUCUAAUGGAAAGAAGACCUCUUAAAUAGCCAAAUGGAAACAUGAUAAGCCAUGAAUAUGACCAGACUUCAUUUCCCUUUUUAUAUUAGCAUUUUACAGUCGUGUCACCAUAACUUUGUUAAGACAGCAGGACAUUUCCUGUACAAAUCUGCUCCACUAAUAAUGGCCACAUUUUGAAGACCCAGUUAUCUUAGCUAACUCUCUUAGCUAAAGUUGCAUUUAUGCACCAAGGAGUCAUAAAAGUUUUGUUUGCUAGUUAACCAGCUAAAGCAGUGUUAACAUGCAGUUGUCAAUUAGCUAUGACUUAGAGUAAUAACUGGAUGAAUACCAUUCUUAGCCAAAGGUUAAAGACCUCUGUUAUGGCUGCAGAUCUAAAACCCUGCUGUUCAUUAGCAUGUUUGUCCUUAUGGUCCCCUUGUCUCAAAGAAAAUGGGUUUUUUGUUAGAUGCCUGUAAUAAUGUCUGUGGUUAACAUUUUUACAUUCAUUUCUUUGUUCAAUUUAAAAAUGGCAUUGGCUUUUUGUCUAGGGAACCAGGGUGAUGCUAACUGUGCAUUCAGAUGCUCCUCUAGACAUUGUUCCGAAUUCAGUGUUUUUAAAAUAAUUUUAAAUAUAUAUACAAAACUAUGUUAAUUUGUUUAUAAAUGAUGAUGUCAGCAACUUGGCAACUCGUGUUGUUCCGACUUGAGAUGACGUGUUCUCAUGAAUUCUCCUGGUUGGAAACACAUUUUUCUGAUUAUUGUGACACAACUUGAAUGCUCAAUCAUUUUCAGGUUAGCCUAUAAAAGUACCUGUCUCUAUCGUCAUAAAUUUGAAGGCAACUUGAGGAUCUAAUAGGAUCAGACAUUGCCAGUCAUUGCCAGAAUUACACAUGAUUGAAUAUUAGUACUGUAAACAAACUGGUUAGACAUCAUGAAAACACUCCAGUCCCCCAUUUAUUCAAGAACACACAUCUGCCUUAUGGUUGUCAGUGUAGUUGUUAAGGUUCACUCAAAAAGCUUCAAUACAUGUUUGCACACACACUGAACCAAAACUGAAAAGAUGAGUUUGAACUAUAAUGCCAUUAUUUUGUGAAUGCAUCUUUUGACUUAAUACAGAUGUUUCUCGGUUGUGUCUUAAUGGCAAAGUGUGCAUCAUACUAACCUUCAUUGGAAUUGGUAGAUAGCCUACGUGAGGUUUUCUAAUACUUUUAAUUUGUUUAAUUGUUCAGUGCAACCCACUCCCUGUCGGAAUCCAUCAAUCUUACCACUGACAUCUUCAAUCUGUGGGAUAAACUAUUAGCUGUGGUUGCUCUAAAGGGAACAUUGGUCAUUUCCAUUAUUGUGGCUUACUUGUGGGGAUAUUAUUUAAGUGUGCACUAGACACUGCUCCAUAUAACUGACUUUUCCUUGAUCUAAGGAUAUAUGUCUCCUUUUAGGACACAGGGCUUGACUGAGCCUUUGCUGUCCUCUAGUGGUGAUAGGCAUUAAUGUGAGAGUAAAAAUGUGAAGGUGGUUGCAGCUUUGGUGUCCAUAAGUUUUCAGAUGAAAUUAAAAUUUCCUAUUUAUUUGAUCUAUUAUUAUUUGUGUGGAGGAGCUGUUGUUAAGGCCACUUCAUGUCUCCCUCUUGUGAUGGUAUGCUGUAUUUUUAGAGGUGAAGGAUCUCUGUGUAUAUGAAAUUUCAUUCAUGUUGCUGUCAGUUUAUUUCUGAGUAGCUCAUUAUGAUUUGAUGGUGCUGCUUUAGUUUUGGAUCAUGCUGCUCCAAGAUGAAUUUAAUGAAUGAGUCUGAACAUUUCUUAUUGUUCAUUUCAGACUUUUCAAAGCUAACUACUGCUCUAUUAACCUAAACUGAACUGUAUGUGUAGGUUCUGUUGAGUUGAUCUGGUACAAUAAUUUCUUGCAUUGUGGGACAUAUAUAUUUGAUAUUAAUUUAUUGUAAUUGUUUUAACUUUUGUAUUAUUUGUACUUUCCCUCUUUUUUAAAUGAAUCCUACUGCGAGUUUUCCUGAUAACAAAUUGUUGACACGUUUUUUAAUUUUAAAUUUUUUUUAAAUGAAUAACCUGCUACCUUGCCUGUGCCAUGUCACUGUCUAACACUUUACUGCUGUCUCAUUGCUCCGUCUGUCUGAUAACAUUAAAAGUGGUACAGUAAAAUUUUUCAUGCAACCAAAAUGUGAGUUCUGCUAUUUCUAACCUGUUAUUAGUUCAUAAUGUUAUUCAGGACGUCAUGCACAACAUUACAGGGGGGCUCUGACUCAGGAGCUGGAGCAGGUCAUCCACAGAUUGGCAAGUCGGUGGUUUGAUCCCCGGUUCAUCCUGAACCCCAAAACCAGUGUAUGAAUGCGAUUUGAAGGAGGAGUGAUGUAUGAAUGUGAAAAGACUAAAAGAGUGUUGCUUUGUCUUGAGAGCUUGAAAUUUAUGAU